CUGUCACUCGGCACUCUGGACAAAGGAGAGAGCAGCUCCUUCCAGCUAGAGCAAGGAAAGGAGAGGACCAGAGGAGACCAUGGCAAAGAAUGUGGCCGUCAUUGGAGCUGGGGUGAGUGGGCUGAUCUCUCUGAAGUGCUGCCUGGAUGAGGGACUUCAGCCUACUUGCUUUGAGAGGACUGAAGACAUAGGGGGGUUGUGGAGAUUCAAGGAGAAAGUGGAAGAAGGCCGUGCCAGUAUCUAUGAAUCUGUUAUCACCAAUACCUGUAAAGAAAUGUCCUGUUUCAGUGACUUCCCAAUGCCAGAUGAUUUCCCAAACUUCUUACCCAACUCCAAGCUCCUGGAAUAUUUCCGAAUUUUUGCCCAAAAGUUUGAUCUCCUGAAAUAUAUUCAAUUUCAGACCACUGUCCUCAAUGUAAAUAAACAUAAUGAUUUUUCUUCCACUGGCAAAUGGGAUGUUAUUACUGAGAAAAAUGGGAAGGAAGAGUCGACUACGUUUGAUGCAGUUAUGGUUUGCAGUGGUCAUCACAUCGUCUCCCACAUGCCCCUAACGUCAUUUCCAGGUAUAGAGAGGUUUAAAGGCCAGUAUUUCCAUAGUCGCCAAUACAAGAAUCCAAAUGGAUUUGAGAAAAAGAGAAUUCUGGUGAUUGGAUCUGGAAAUUCAGCCUCAGACAUUGCAGUUGAGCUGUGUAAAAAGGCUGAACAGGUGUUUAUGAGCUCCAGGCAUGGUUCAUGGGUCAUGAGCCGAAUUUCUGACAAUGGCUACCCUUGGGACAUGGUGUUCCACACCAGAUUCAAUACCAUGCUCAGAAAUACCCUCCCACCAAAGAUUGUGAAAUGGAUGAUGGAAACGCAGAUGAAUCGGUGGUUUAACCAUGAAAAUUAUGGUCUGGUACCUGAAAACAAGUACCUGAUGAAAGAGCCAGUGCUGAAUGAUGAUCUCCCUAGCCGAAUCCUCUAUGGAGCCAUCAAAGUAAAAUCCAAUGUCAAAGAGCUCACAGAGACCUCCGCCAUCUUUGAGGAUGGAAGUGUGGAGGACAUUGAUAUGAUUGUCUUUGCCACAGGAUAUCAGAUUUCUUUUCCCUUCCUGGAUGAGUCCAUUGUCAAAGUGGAACACAACCAGGUGAAACUGUACAAGUACAUCUUUCCCCCUGACCUGGAGAAACCAACUCUAGCAUUCAUUGGCCUCAUCCAGCCCCUAGGAUCCAUCUUCCCAACCUCUGAACUCCAAGCUCGCUGGGUAACAAGAGUUUUCAAAGGUCUUUGCACACUUCCCUCAGAGAGCACUAUGAUGGCAAGCAUUGAGACAAGAAGAGAAAAAAGACUUGAACUGUUUGGAAAGAGCCAGAGCCAAAGUUUGCAAACCAAUCACAUUGACUACUUGGAUGAACUCGCCACUGAGAUAGGGGCCAAACCUGACAUUAUCUCGCUCUUUAUGAAAGAUCCUAAACUGGCCCUGAAGAUUUACUUUGGGCCCUGCCAUCCAUAUCAAUAUCGCCUAGAUGGCCCUGGAAAGUGGAAGGGAGCCAGAAAUGCCAUCUUCACUGAGAAGCAAAGGCUUUUGAAGCCUCUGAAGACUCGCGUUGUAAAGGGUUCUUCCAUGACUUCUGUUGCUUCUUGGUUGAAAGUCCUGGGUCUUAUUGCUAUCGUGUUGGCCAUAUUUUUCAACAUUCAUUAAUUCUAUAUCCUAGUUAUGAUAGUUGGGAAAGGGAGAUUGCUGUAUAGAGUUUAAGUUCCUUGAGGGAAAGCACUAUUUUGUUUUUAUCUUUGUCACUCAAGUGCCUA